AUGAAGCGUAUUUCCGACACCAUCUGUGCCGAUCACCGUGACCUUAAGUCAUACUAUGAUCGGAUCAUGCACGCUGAUGACCCAGAUGAACAAACUCGCUGGCAAAACAUGUUCACCUGGGAAUUAGCCCGUCAUGUGGUUGGCGAGGAACUAGUGCUGUACCCGGCACUAAAGCAGCACCUGCACGAAGAUGCAGCCGAAGAUCGGCAACAACAUCAAAUAAUCAAAGAAGAAUUAGCCGUGUUCCAAACCCUUCAAUCCACCGACCCCCGGUUCAUCCCCACCAUGGCAGUUCUCAUGAGUGAUCUAGCAGCGCAUGUCAACCAUGAAGGAGUGGAUCUGAGCAAUCUCGAAUCCCGCAUCACAACCGAGGAAAGUCAGCGUCUAGCGGAUUCCUUCGACCGUACAAAACAUUUCGUGCCAACACGUGCGCACCCUAGCGCGCCCGAUCGUCCACCUUAUCAAACUGCUGUUGGAUUGAUUACGGCGCCACUGGAUUAUUUGCAAGACCUCUUUCGGAAAUGGCCGGACACUGAGGAAGUGAAUAUGCCGACUGUGAUGGAGUAA